AUUCGCCAUCUUCUUGGGUCUUGGCCUUUUCCUCCUUUCUUUAAAGCCCCUUCUCCAUCAUUUCUCCCACUGCUUUACCAAACUCCAAAUUCUCUCUCUUUCUAUCUACUCUCUCACACACGCACACAUUCAUGGCUGAAACAGCAGAUGAACCUGAACCCGUCAAGACCUGUGUCCUGAAAGCUUCUAUCCAUUGUGAGGGCUGCAAGAGAAAAGUCAAGAAAAUUCUCAACCAAGUUCAAGGCGUGGAGUUUGUAGACGUUGAUACCAAGCAACAAAAAGUUACAGUGAGCGGCAGCGUCGACGCCGAUACUUUGAUCAAGAAACUGGUCAAGGCUGGCAAGAAAGCCGAGUUAUGGCCGCAAAAGCCUGAGAAAGUUCCAGGGAGUGAGAGAUUCAAAGAGAAAGAGAAUCAUCAAACACAGCGAAAAAUGGAUAAUCAAGAAGCGAUUCCCACUGCAGAGAUUGCUGCUAAAGAACCCGACCCAGCAACAAAAGACCAACUGCCUGCUAAAAAGAGUGAAGGAAGUGCUAAAGCGGCUGAUGACGGCGGCGCAGCCAAAAGCAAUGAAGAAACUGGCGGUGGUAGUGGUGGCGGCGCAGCCUCUAAAGUGGUCAAGGAUGCUUCGGAGAAGACCGGCUCUGCCGUUCAGGAAACAAAAGCAGAGGAGAAGAAGACUGAGGAGGGUUGCUCAGCCGGCGGAGAGCCACCGCAGGCCGGGGAGAAAAAGGAGGUGGUCGAGAAAAGCAACGGUGGCACGUCUGGUAAAAAGAAAAAGAAAAGAGGGCAAAGUGGGAGUGCGCCAUCGAGUGCUGCAGGAUUAGAGAAUCAGGAACCCGGUCCACCACCUCCAACCAACCAUGGUCCUCCACGUCAUCACCACUAUCCACCACCUCCACAUCAAUACUACUACGCCCCACCACCACAACCCGUACCCGUCGUGAGCUACAAUACGGCGUAUCCUUCGAGCAGCUAUACGGCGUCGUAUUAUGCUGCACCACCACCACCGUAUUCCUACGCUUACAUGCACCCUGGACCCGACUCCCAGCCACCUCCCCCCGAUCUCGACUCGCAUCCACGGCAACCGCUGGAUUCCUUCGAAAUAUUCAGCGAUGAAAAUCCAAAUGGGUGCUUUAUCAUGUGAUAGUCAUACAGGAUAAAUUCCCCGUAUACUUUGCUUAUACAUCUUGUAUAAGUUAAAAAAAAAAAAAAAAAAGGGAGAAACUUUUUGUAA